CAGAAAAACAUGGCCGUAUCUCUCUGACACUUCAAAAAAUCCCUACGUUUUCUCAGAGGAUCACGACAAGAUUGCCACCCUUUUAAUGACAACGCCACUUCUCAGUCUCUUUUUACAGAGCUAGAGCUCGAGCUCGAGCUCCUCUCUUUUAUAUAGCAGUCAUAGUAGCAGGGGUUAGAGCUUUUGCAGAAGGAAUAGGAGUAGUGAUAGAUUUAGAGAACAUGGGUAAAGGGGCCAUGUCUCAUGGAGUUUCAGAAGAAGGGGAACCUGAGAACAUGGCUGCUUGGCUUCUUGGUGUUAAUACUCUCAAGAUUCAGCCUUUCAAGCUCCCUCCUCUUGGUCCACAUGAAGUCAGAGUGAGAAUGAAAGCAGUGGGUAUAUGUGGGAGCGAUGUGCACUAUUUGAAGAAUAUGAGGUGUGCUGAUUUUAUUGUUAAAGAACCUAUGGUCAUUGGGCAUGAGUGCGCUGGUAUAAUUGACGAAGUAGGGAGCAAGGUGAAUACACUGGUUGUUGGUGACCGUGUAGCUUUGGAGCCUGGAAUCAGUUGUUGGCACUGCAACUACUGCAAAGCGGGAUCCUACAAUUUGUGCCCUGAUAUGAAGUUUUUUGCAACACCUCCAGUGCAUGGCUCUCUGGCAAAUCAGGUUGUUCAUCCUGCUGAUCUGUGUUUUAAGCUGCCUGAAAAUGUGAGCUUGGAAGAAGGUGCAAUGUGUGAGCCCCUUAGUGUUGGUAUCCAUGCUUGUCGUCGAGCAAAUGCUGGACCAGAGACCAAUGUAUUGGUAAUGGGGGCUGGCCCAAUAGGCCUUGUUACAAUGCUCGCAGCCCGUGCUUUCGGAGCCCCAAAGGUUGUUAUAGUGGAUGUAGAUGACCAACGAUUAUCUUUUGCCAAAGCGAUUGGUGCACAUCAAAUUAUCAAAGUUUCUACAGAUAUGCAGGAUGUCGAGGAAGACGUAGGCCGAAUAGAAAGAGCAAUGGAGGGUGCAGUUGAUAUAACAUUUGAUUGUGCUGGCUUUGGCAAAACUAUGUCGACUGCCCUGAAGGCGACACGUGCUGGCGGUAAAGUUUGCCUUGUGGGAAUGGGACACAACGAGAUGACUGUGCCCCUGACUCCUGCUGCUGCAAGAGAAGUGGAUGUUGUUGGUGUCUUUCGAUACCGAAACACAUGGCCUCUUUGCCUCGAGUUCUUGAGCAGUGGAAAGAUCGAUGUGAAGCCUUUGAUAACGCAUAGGUUUGGGUUCUCUGAAAAGGAGGUUGAAGACGCCUUCGAGACUAGUGCUCGAGGUGGUAAUGCUAUCAAGGUUAUGUUCAAUCUUUAGAGCAAACCCAUAUUUCAUUCUGAUUAAUGGAUUUUACUAAGUUUCGUCUAGCAUUUUUUUCCAGUGGGAGAGGGAAGAAGAAGCGUUAUUGUUGGUUAAUGCUUAUUUUCUGAAUGUUACUAAGCGUUAACGUGUGUGAAGUGUUAUUUUCAUCAUGGAUGAGCUGAAGGACAGUUGCUGGUUUUUGCUUUUCAAUCUGUACAAAGAACAGGUUCAGCUUUUAAUUUGUAAAACAUUAGAAACACAUAUAUAUUACUGGUUUGCUGGAUAUA